CCGAGUAUUCCAAAGACACGCUUCUGCACAGGCUGGAUUAACAUGACGGAAGAUGGAUCAGCCAUAAUAAAGAUGUUGGAGGAGUUAUGGAUACGGGAAUACUCAUCAUGAAGAAGGUGGGGGGGUAUGAGUCGUCCAUCACAUGGGCUGAGAGUACUAAGUCGAAGUUGCGAGAGAUUUUCGAGAAGCAAAUGGAACCAUGCAAGCAUCAAGUCAUAUGUCAUGGCGACGCCUGGAAUAACAACCUGCUUUUCAAAUACGACGAAGACGGCGUCCCUGUGGAAGUGAUGCUGGUCGACCUGCAGUUGUGUCGGCGGGAAUCCUUCGCCGUGGACCUCAACUACUUCCUGUACACGAGCCUCACGGGUGACGUGAGGAAGCCCAACCUGGACGCCCUCCUGGAGACGUACCGAGGCCACUUCAACGGCGUGGUGGAGGCCGGAGGAGCUGGAGGCGAGGGCGCCUCAGUGAGGUCGAAGUCGUGCAGGAAUUCCGACGCUUGAACAUCCUCGGGGCCAUCUUCAACAUGAUGAUCAUAGGUGCCUUGCUGAUGGAGCCGGGGACGUGCCAGAGUUCGUGGCGUCGGGAGACGGUGCGGACGACCUGGAGAGGGUCCUCGCGGAUUGCCGAGCGAAGAGCUUGGAGAUGGUCGACACGAACCCUCUGAUGCGGCCGCGGUUCCUCUCCGUGUUCGACGAGUUGACGGAGGCCGGGCUCAUCCCCGCGUCAGGAGCGCCCUGAAGAAGGAACUUGAUCUCUCAGAUUUUUUCUCUUCUAAAUGGAAUUAUGUGCCAUAUAGAGAAUUGUUAUUCCAGAUUGAUAUCUAAAUGUUGUUUUCUUGUUUUUCCUAUACAGAUAUUAAUACUUGAUAUUGAAGGAAGGCAUCGUAGAUGCAUAUAUAUGUUAUAUAGCUGAUUUACUUAUACCUAUUGAUGAAAUAUAAA